ACCGCUGCCAAUCUCAGUUCACAAACGCCGCUGCGCCGCCACAACUGCUGCUUGCCUGCCAUACCUUUUCGUCUUACCUUUUCCUCUCCUUCCUCACUUUUGACACGGCAGCUGUGAGUCUCUCGCACCCGCUCACUCACCAACGCGUCUCUGUCCUCUCCCCUUCGUUUCCUGUCUCUUCUCACCACAGCGGCCAUCUUUGCAUCAUCGCUCAUGUCGCUCAUUUGACACGAAAGUCGGCACCUUCCCCCAACACUUUCCCGCCUGCCCGCCAACUCGCCCGGCCCACACGGAGUCUUCAGCCGUUCAUCGCCGUCCCUGUCGCCGUGACCUCCGCCCACACCGACCACAUUCAUCUAAUCUCAGUGAACUCGUCUGCAACCCUCCUGAAAUACCCCGUUGCCGUAACCAGCCAUGAGUACGCUGCCGACAACGGAGAAGCCCGCCGGCUCCAAGGCUCUCCACCCAGCCUUCUUCAUCGCGAGUUGGAUCUUCUUCUCGAACCUGACCAUCUUGUUCAACAAGUGGCUGCUUGACACAGCAGGCUUCAAAUACCCCGUCAUCCUAACAUGGUGGCAUCUCGUCUUCUCCACCCUUGCAACCCAGGUCCUCGCGCGAACCACAUCUCUCCUUGAUGACCGGCACAAGGUAAAGAUGACGGGCCGCGUCUACCUGCGCGCUGUUGUACCCAUCGGCCUGCUGUACUCGGGCUCGCUCGUCUGCUCCAAUCUGGUCUACCUCUACCUCUCCGUGUCCUUUAUCCAGAUGUUGAAGGCCGGCGCGCCUGUUGCCGUGCUCUUCACCAGCUGGGCUUGGGGUGUCGCUGACCCCUCCAUGAAGACGCUCUAUAACAUUCUGCUUAUCGUAGCCGGUGUGGCACUGGCUUCGUUUGGCGAGAUUGAGUUCUCGUGGAUCGGCUUCAUUUUCCAAAUGGGUGGCAUUGUCUUCGAGGCCAUCCGCCUCGUCAUGAUUCAAGUGCUGCUCAAGGGUGAUGAGAACGCACAGAGGAUGAAUCCACUAGUCAGUUUGUACUACUAUGCCCCCGUCUGCGCCGUCAUGAACUUCUUUGUUGCGUGGGCCAGCGAGUUCAGCUCCUUCAAGUUUGAGGAUCUACAGAAGACGGGUGUCACCAUGCUUCUGCUCAACGCUGGCGUGGCGUUCAUGCUCAACGUGUCGAGCGUCUUCCUCAUUGGCAAGACGUCCGGCCUCGUCAUGACCCUCACCGGCAUUCUCAAGAACAUUCUCCUGAUUGUUGCAUCUGUCAUCAUCUGGAAAACCAACAUCACCUUCAUGCAGUUCGUCGGCUACGCUAUCGCCCUCUUUGGCCUCGUUAUCUACUCCACCGGUUGGGAGCAGCUCAAGAGCUCGGGCGUCGGCGCCAUCAUACGGGUCCGCACCGCCUGGAACUCUCACAACUUCGACGAGGGCCGUCUUUCGCCGCUCGUGCGCCGCGCCCUCUUCCUUGGCCUGAUUACGCUCAUCACCUUGAUGCUUGUGCUGGGCAUCGCCUACGAGGGCUCGUCGGCACCGGAGGACUGGUUGCCUAAGGUGGGCGCAGUUAGCGCCUGAACGUCUUUCUCAUGGCAAGGAGUUUGGGAUGCGCGUGCAAAAAGAAGAACUGGGAAGUUUUGGUUGAUGCGCCUUUAAUGAAAUCAGGGUCUGUUCGGAUUACAAUGCCGCUUUUGUAAUACUGCAUAUUAUGAGCACACACAUAGAUACUGCUUUGCAAUGCAUAGGAUGAAUGACCAACUUCUAUAGCGGACU